UUUAUAAACUGUCUAAUGUUGCAGACUUGUACAAAAUGCACGCUCUUAGCCAAAAUACCAACCAGGAGCUUUUCUAGUCAACUGUGGUCCAAAGCUCCGCGGUGGAUGGUGCCUGAGGGGAGGCAAUUGCAGCCGCCGUCAUUGGUGGCUGUGGGAUGCACUUGGAAACGGAAUGCAGCAGCAACACUUAUACCACCAUCAAAUGGAGUAGCUUUUCAAGGAAGCACAGUCGGAAAUCACCAUUAUCUGUUGCUCUCGGCCAGUCGUCGUCUUCGUCAGUGCAGCAGUAGUUUAUUAGUACGAUUGUUGCUUCCACAGCAACGAUCAUUCGAAACACGUCAACCGUACAGUAGCAGUUGUGGUAGUACCAGCGAAUCGACAGCAGCAGUUUCACCGGUUCCAGCGUUAUCGAUUGGCAAGAAAAAGCGAAAAAUGGUCGUUAAACUAACCGAAGAGCAGCGCAAGGAGCAGUUGCAGCCCCUGUUGAAGGCCGGCUGGACUAUGGUCAAGGAUCGGGAUGCCAUCUACAAGGAGUAUCUGUUCAAAAAUUUCAACGAGGCUUUCGGUUUCAUGACACGAGUCGCCCUGCUGGCCGACAAGAUGGACCACCAUCCGGAAUGGUUCAAUGUGUACAAUAAGGUGCAGGUCACUCUGGCCACCCACGAUUGCAGUGGACUGAGCGAACGGGAUGUCAAGCUAGCGAAGUUCUUGGAGGAAGCAGCUAGCAAAUAUUGAAUGAAAAGAACCCUUCCUAAUACCUUUGUUAUUGCUGUAUUUUAACAUUAAAAAGUCAGUCAAGUUGAAAAUAAACAUUU